UUCAUUUAGUAUUUUUUUUAUGAAAUAUGCUCUGCAUGACAAAUAUCUACAGACUCUCUGGCUCUGUAGUGAGUUUCCGAGUUGGCAAACCUGCCCGACGCGCAGCCGCAGCCUUCUUGAAGAUUCCAGUUCUUUUCGACCGUUGGAAUUGGCGCGGUUAGCUACGAGUUCAGCUCAGUCAAAUGGGGGUGUUGUGAACGUUCGGAGGUUUUAAAUCAAGCCAGAAUGGGUCAUAAAUUUGCAUAUGUUUGUGUGUAUGGGACGGAGAAACUGAUUAAGGUGGUGGAAGUUAAGAAUCUUUUCCACCUUCACGAUGACGACAAAACAAAAACUCCUUACGAGCCGGACACUUUGGACAAGAAGGACAUGAGGAUAGUACUGGAGGAUGGUGAAACACUACGGCGAGUCCACGUGUUCUUCACUGCAGGUAAGUUCUCCCCUAUUUGUUUUGAGUCAACCUGUAAUUCGACUGGAAAAUUAGGCGUACAUUGCACCCGCGGCAGGUUAGGGUGAGGUGAGGUGUGCAGUGAACUUGUGUGCUUGAUGCCAUGGGUUCCUCAUGCCUCCAUCUAGGCCACAACCAUUUAUUUCAUUGUUAACUGUUCGUGUUUUCAUAGGCACCCUCAAGGCUGUUGCCCAAAUCAUCAAGGAGAAGAAGGCCAAUGGGGAAAGGUUGGUGUGCCCCCCAAGGAAAUCGGUUGGCUCGCACACCUUUCCGGUGAUCAAGCCGAGUACCUCAAAUCAAGAGAGCAGCAAGAGGAAGCAAGAGGGCGGCAAGAAGAAGACGGUGAAUGCAGGUACAGGCUCGCAAAGCAUCAAAACAGGCAAAACCAAAGGAGAGGACAAAGGCCUAAAAUCGGUUGAAUCUAAGGAUGCUGCGAAUGACAAGACCAAGGAAAAAAUUGCUCUGGGAGCCGCAAGGAACGACCGGGAGGCUAAAAUAGUUAACAAGUUUCGACCAUCCUUGGGAAGCUCUACCCCUGUGAAGCCUACAUCUGAGCAGAAGCUUCUUUUGCUUCAUGAUCGUGGGCAGAUAGUAGUCAGCACCUACACCCAGACUGAUGCACCGGGGGACGAUGGUGACAUUCUGCAAGCAUGUCUUGAGAGUCUGAAAAGUGAAAAUGCUGCACUUGUUCUUAAGAACAAGGAACUGCUACUGCGCAAUGAGUCCCUGGAGUCUGAAAAAGGGAGACUCGAGACGAUGCAGAAAAAUCUGCAGCAAUUAUGUGAUGCUCUGUUGAACAAAGAUGGAACUUCUAAUUCAACAGCUCCAAAGAAGUGCCGCAUAAGUACCAUGAAGGCUCUUGUGACAGAAGAGCCUUCUAUUGAUGUCCCUUCUGACAUGGUUUAUGCAGGGGCUGGGAAGCUCAUUUCAAGAAAGAGAAUGGCAGAAGUCGAUACCCUGAGAACUGUGGAAGGGCGCCUCACUGCUAUCUUGAAUGAUAUAUUAAUUGAACCUUCAGCGUUCAGUUUCAAGGAAGUGGAUGGGAAGAGCAACAGAAUCAUGGAUAUCCAUUUGGAAGCCAUCCACUCAUAUCUGGAUUCCUUGACGUGGAAAAAGACAGCUUUAAAACCCAUCAAGGUGGGGAAACAAAUGGUUGAACCACACACACCGGAGUAUACCAGGCGUAUUGUUUCAAAGCUACUGUCUAAAUUAGGGCCCUCUAAAAAAGAAACUGAUACUGAUGUGAAAAGUGGGAAGAAAGGACCAAAGCUGACUUCCAAGAGGCAGAAGGGAAGAGACGUCUCCAAGCCAGCUAAAAGAGUGAGGAUCAAUCCGUUGGACUCAAGCAGCAGUGAGGAUGAGGAAGGGGAAGAAAGGGAGGUUGUAAAUGAGGAGGAAGUUGUAGAAAGGGGGGUGAAAGAGGAGCCUCAAGAUGAUCAAGAUGAUGAAGAUAAUGACAAUAAUUUUGACGUUUCGAUGUGCUCAAUUGUGUCAGGCGGUGAUGACUAAUAGUCUGAUACCUGAUGGGAACUAUAAUUGUACCUGAGUUCAAUAAGUUUGCCACUAUAAUUUUUUUUCCCUUUUCCAAUCAAAAUGUGAUAAUUGUUUUGGUAGUCACCAAAUCAGACUGAUAUGACUGGAAAGACUUCCUGUUUUGCUUUUAUGAUUGUACCGGAUGUUAAUGUGUCUGAAUUUUAAUAAUUGUUUUGUUAAAGUCUUAAAGAUGAUCAAGGUGAUGAAGAUAAUGACAAUAAUUUUGACGUUUCAAUGUGCUUAAUUGUGUUAGACGGUGAUGACUAGU